AUGGGAGGUUUUCUUGGGUCUAAUCAAAGGGGAUAUGAGCAGCCAUGGGGUGAUCAAAGAUGGAGUAACAAUCAAGGUUGGGGAGGAAAUCAACAAGGAAAUUAUCAACCAAGUCAACCACACCAAUACCAACAAAGAACACCUUUUCCACCACAAAACUUUCAGCCAAGGCAACCACAACACCCUCCUCAACAAUCAGGUUCAUCAAGUAUGUCCUUAGAGGACAUAGUGAAGAGUUUGGCAACUAGUACACAAGCUUUCAAACAAGAGACAAAAGCAAGCAUAAAGAACUUAGAGAAACAAUUUUCACAGCUUGCUACUUCCAUAAGCAAAUUAGAAUCUCAAGGAAAGUUACCUGCACAAACUGAAACAAACCCAAGGCACAACGUGUGUGCCAUCACAUUGAGAGGCGGAAAGAGCUAUGAUGGUCCAAAAGUGUCGGUUGAUCAAAAGGAAGAAAAAAUAGCGGUCGAAGAGGCAACCAAAGAAGAGAAGAAGGAAGUGAAAACAAUCGAAAAGAAUCCCUUCAUCGCUGAGUCUAAAGCCACACCUGCUCCAUUUCCCGAAAGAUUAAAGUGCACGAAGAAAGAACAGGAGGAGAAUGAGAUCAUGCGAAUGUUCAAGAGAGUUCAAAUCAACAUUCCACUCCUCAAGGCCAUCAAACAGGUACCUAGAUAUGCAAGGUUCCUUAAGGAUCUUUGUGUAUCUAAAAAGAAAUUAAAAGGAAAUCAAGUCAUAACAAUUGGGGAACAUGUAUCCGCAGUUUUGCAAAAGAGGAUGCCCCCAAAGUGCAAGGAUCCCGGUGUCUUUACCGUGCCUUGA